CAGGUAGCCUGGGAACCACAGCCCAGGCGGCAGAGCGGCCCGGGCAGCAUGAAGCAGAGUUGGGGACCAGGGCUGCUCAUCCUGGGAGCAGUGGUCCUGAUCCAGGGUCUUCAAGCAGCACGGCGGGCCUGUGGGCAGCGUGGCCCCGGGCCCCCCGAGCCUCGGGAGGGCGACACAGAAGCAGGCGAGUGGCCCUGGCAGGCCAGCGUGAGGCGGCGGGGAGCCCACGUCUGCAGCGGCUCCCUGGUGGCGGACACCUGGGUCCUCACCGCUGCCCACUGCUUUGAAAAGGCAGCAGCGACAGAACUGGACUCCUGGUCAGUGGUCCUGGGUUCUCUGCAUCGUGAGGGGCUGAGCCCAGGGGCUGAGGAGGUGGGGGUGGCUGCCCUGCGGUUGCCCGGAGCCUAUAACCACUACAGCCAGGGCUCCGACUUGGCCUUGCUCCAGCUUGCCCACCCCGCGGCCCACACACCCCUCUGCCUGCCCCAGCCCGUCCAUCAUUUCCCCUUUGGAGCCUCUUGCUGGGCUACUGGCUGGGACCAGGACACCAGUGACACUCCCAGGAGCCUUCGGAAUCUGCGCCUGCGCCUCAUCAGCCGCCCUACCUGUAACUGUCUGUACAACCGGCUGCACCAGCGGCUGCUGGCCAGCCCGGCCCGGCCUGGGAUGCUGUGUGCGGGUGCCCAGCCCGGGGUGCAGGGGCCCUGUCAGGGAGACUCUGGAGGCCCCGUGCUGUGCCGCGAGCCUGAUGGACAUUGGGUUCAGGUUGGGAUCAUCAGCUUUGCAUCAAGAUGUGCCCAGGAGGACACUCCCGUGCUGCUCACCGACUUGGCGGCUCACAGCCCCUGGCUGCAGGCUCAAGCCCAGGGGGCGGUCUUCCUGGCCCAAAGCCCAGGAGCCCUGGAAACCAGUGAUGAGGACAGCUGUGUAGCCUGUGGAUCCUUGAGGGCCGACGGGCCCCAGGUGGGAGCCCCCUCCCCAUGGCCCUGGGAUGCCAGGCUGAAGCAUCGGGGCAAGCUGGCCUGUGGCGGAGCCCUGGUGUCAGAGGAGGUGGUGCUGACGGCUGCCCACUGCUUCAUCGGGCGCCAGACCCCAGAGGAAUGGAGUGUGGGGCUGGGGGCCAGCCCGGAGGAGCGGGGCCUGAAGCAGAUCAUCCUGCAUGGGGCCUAUACCCACCCGGAGGGGGGCUACGAUGUGGCCUUCCUGUUGCUAGCCCAGCCGGUGACGCUGGGCCCCCACCUGCGGCCCCUGUGCCUGCACUACGCUGACCACCAGCUGCCUGACGGGAAACGUGGCUGGGUCCUGGGGCUGCCCCUCCAAGGAGCAGGCACCAGCCCCACCCAGACAAUGCCCGUGACCCUCCUGGGGCCUAGGGCCUGCAGCCAACUGCAAGCAGCCCCUGAGAACAACGGCGUCCCCAUUCGGCCAGGGAUGGUGUGUGCGAGUGUGGCGGGUGAACCGCCCCAUUGUGAGGUCCUGUCCGGGGCACCGCUGGCACAUGAGGUGAGGGGCGCGUGGUUCCUGGCUGGACUGCACAGCUUUGGAGACGCCUGCCACGGCCCUGCGCGGCCCGCCGUCUUCACGGCGCUCCCCACCUACGAGGACUGGGUCAGCAGCUUGGAGUGGCAGGUGUACUUCGCCGAGGAGCCCGAGCCCGAGCCCGAGGGAGCACCUGGUAGCUGCCUGGCCAACUCAAGCCAGCCAGCCAGCUGCUGACGGGACUGGACUGUUCACAGGAGGUGUCGACGGUGAGGCAACGCCCAUGCCCCUCGCCACCCUCGCCACCCUCGCCAUGUGCAGCUCCGGGCCCUGGGGCAGGCCCUCCAGCAGGUGCCUCGGCCCCCCUGCAGGACAGGGAUGCUGCCUGCGGACGCUCCCGUACCCAGCUCUGCUCCGCGCCACGGGUGUCCCCCAGUGUCCCCCACCCUUCACCCCUCAGACACAACCACAUCGGCUGCAUGUUUUGAAAAUCUGUGGUUUUUUUUUUUUUCUUGGUGGGGGUGGGGAGCAAUUGUCC